AUGGUUAUUCGUCACGAAUAUCCAACAGCCUACACUAAAGCAGGGAUGUCUAAGUGGACAAGUCUAGACUUUCCCGUGCUCGAUAUUAUCUAUCACGACGGAUUGUUUUACAUUCUAAGAUGUGUUUCAGAGGUUGUUGCGUUCGACCUAAGUGGAGAUAAUCCGGUCAAAAGAGUUAUCAUUGAUCUAUUCAAUAGUGAUAUUGAACUCUCUGACUCCUUCUUGUCGAGAAGCUAUGUGCAUCAGGAUAAGUAUCUAGCAUUCUCGAGCACCGGCGAACUGUUCCUAAUUAUGAGAUGUAAUAUUUAUACAGAUGAUUCGACAAAGUUUGAGACGGAAGGAUUUAUGAUUUUGAAGUAUAAUUGCGAGAGUAGUUCCUGUUGGGAUGAAGUUAGAUGUUUGGAAAAUCAAUCUCUUUUUAUAGGCAUGAACAAUGCCUAUUUAUUAUCGAUUGAAGGUUUUAGUGGACUCAGAGCUAAUUGCAUCUACUUCACCGACACUUUUGAGGGAAUAAACUGCAAUAUUGUUACGGGUAGAGCAAAUCCGGAUAUUGGCCUCUUCGAUUUGGAACAAGAAAAGAUUGAGCUUUGUUGUAUGCCGUAUGACAAACUGCUGCCUCCGCCAAUUUGGUUCCUGCCAUCCAUCGAGAGUUAUGAAUGA